AUGUCGGCUCUGGUUCAUAUUGCCUCCCCGCAGACCAAGAAGGCGCCUGUGGUCGUGCCGCCAGGCACCUAUCCGCUCAGCCACCCGGAUGGCGCCAAAUUUAGCAUCGUCGUCUCCCACGAAAAGGGAUCUGCGCAGGCGGGUGCAAACGCCGCCGACGCUGAACAAGCGUCAAGGGUUCGCCAUUCGAUCAAGCUCUCCUCGCACAAGUCGCACGACUGGAUCGACACGGCCAGCACGCUCGUGGUCAAGGCGCCUUGCCCACCGUACCCGAACCCCGCUUCGGAGCCCGACACCAACAGUCUCGCCUUCCGUACGCAGCGCUUCGGCGAGUGCGAGCUGCAAGCAUCGGAUGCAGAGCAAAAGGGCGAGAUCACUCAGCAGAAGCUCUGGAACUGGAUUAACGUGGUCUUUGCUCUGUGGCCGCAACAGGAGCAUGUCUUGCUCAAGACCCAAGGACUCCCGCCUGCUGUCGUGGCCCAUCUGACCACUUCUCGGCUCGCCAUUCUGGACCCUUCCGCCCCGCCAACGCUUUCGGCGCCGGGCAACAAGACGCAAGUGAGCCUCGAGCGUCUGCUCGUCUCGCGCGCGGCAUUCUGGCAAGGUCAAGGCUCGCCGACGUCGGGCUUUGCACCUUGGGUGCUCCCACUGGCGGAUGCGGCUACACGGAAUGCGCUGAUCUCUUCCAAUGCCGAGACGACCGUAUCGCCGCUUGCGGAGCCCUUCAAGCCACCGCCUUCGGCCGGUCCGAUCUACUCGCGAUUCAUUCCGGGUCUCAACUCGCACCUGACGUUCCGCGUGGCGUCGUCGACCAACGCCAAGGAUGUGGACCUGCUGACGGCGUGGCAUGCGACGGAUCGCGUCAACGAAGGGUGGCGUCAGCGACUGAGUCGCGAAGACCAGCUGGCGACGAUGCAGAGCGGCGAAAAGAGCGCGUACAACAUUGGACUGAUCGGUGAGUGGGACGGCGAGCCGUGGGGCUACGUCGAGAUCUACUACUCGAAGCAGUCGAACCUCAAGGACUUUUACACGGCGGGACAGCACGACCGUGGCUUUCAUGCGUUGGUCGGUGAUGAGCGCUUCCGUGGCCCGCAGCGGGUGCGCUCGUGGAUGGGCAGCGUAGUGCACCUCAUGUUCCUGCUGGACGCUUCCACGGCCCAGUGCGUGUCCGAGCCGCGCCUUUCCAACACCAAGAUGGUGCAAUACGAGAUGAUGGUGGGCGGCAACGUGGAAAAGUGGAUCGACUUUCCGCACAAGCGAGCUGCGCUCGUCAUGUUUGGCAAGGAGCGCUUCUUCCAGCUGUGCCCGAUGGGUCCUUUGCCCGAACACCUCGCCUAG